AUGGAUGACCAGAGGCCUCUCUCUACCUGGGCUUGGACCUGUCCACCCAACAACUCAAGGGCCAAGGUCGACUUCGACGCCGACUUCCCCAAACAUGGCACCCACAAGGGCGUCCAUGUGCGUCCCUCCACGGGCGAGGUGUACGCCCCGGUCGCCAUGUGGAUGGAAUCGCUCGACCUCGUGCUCCAUCGCCUGUCGAAGGAGAGGACGCCCGUGCCGAUGUCGCGGAUCAGAGGCGUCAGCGGCUCGGGGCAGCAGCACGGCAGCGUAUACUGGAACCACCAGGCACAGGAUAUCCUGCGGCGGCUGGAACCAAGCAGGCAGCUGGUGGACCAGCUCUCGGGCGCACUAGCAUACGAGUGGUCGCCGAACUGGCAAGACCAGAGCACGCAGAGCGAGUGCGACGCGUUUGACGCCGAGCUGGGCGGCAGGGAGAAGUUGGCCGCGGUCACGGGCAGCGGCGCCCAUCACAGGUUCACAGGCCCCCAGAUCAUGAGGCUGCGGCGCGUACGCCCGGAAGUCUACGCCGCGACAUCGCGCAUAUCCCUGGUGUCGUCGUGGCUCGCCUCCGUCCUCCUGGGAUCCAUCGCGCCCCUCGACAGGAGCGACGUGUGCGGCAUGAACCUGUGGGACGUGCGAAGCCAGCGGUACAGCCCCGAGCUGCUCGCCCUGGCGGCGGGCAAGGACGGCGCCGACGACCUGCGCGAGAAGCUGGGCGAGCCGCAGGCAGACGGCGGGGCGACGCUCGGCUGCAUCUCGCCGUACUUUGUGGACAGGUUCGGCUUCCGCGCCGACUGCCGCAUCGUGCCCUUCACCGGCGACAAUCCCGCCACCAUGCUGGCGCUGCCGCUGCGGCCGCUCGACGCCGUCGUCUCGCUGGGCACGUCGACGACCUUCCUGAUGAACACGCCCAGGUACGAGCCCGACGGCUCGUACCACUUCUUCAACCACCCCACCGCCGAGGGCCACUACAUGUUCAUGCUGUGCUACAAAAACGGCGGGCUGGCGCGCGAAAAGGUCCGCGACGCGCUGCCCGCGCCCGCGGGCGGACGGACCGGCUGGGAGGCCUUCAACAGGGCCGUGCUGGACACACCGCCGCUGGACAUGGCCGGCGAGGGGGGCCGGGCCAAACUGGGCCUCUACUUUUAUCUGCGGGAGACGGUCCCCAACGUCCGCGCGGGAACGUGGCGCUUCACGUGCGCCCCCGGCGGCGGGGACCUGCGAGAGAGCCGGGAGGAGUGGCCCAGAGAGGUCGACGCCCGAGUCAUUGUGGAAUCACAGGCGCUCUCCAUGCGGCUCCGGUCCCGGAAGCUCGUCCACAGCCCGCGAGACCGGCUUCCCGCCCAGCCGCGCCGCAUCUACCUCGUCGGCGGAGCGUCGCCCAACCCCGCCAUUGCCAGGGUCAUCGGCGACGUGCUCGGCGGCGCAGACGGCGUCUACAAACUCGACGUGGGCGGCAGUGCGUGCGCGCUCGGAGGGGCGUACAAGGCGCUCUGGGCCCUGGAGCGCAGACCCGGCCAGACGUUCGACCACGUCAUCGGCAGGCGGUGGGACGAGGGGGGCGCCGUUGAAAAGGUGGACGCGGGAUUCAAACCCGCCACGUACCAGACGUACGGGGACGUGCUGGCUUCGUUUGAGCACAUGGAGACGAGGCUCCUCGCGGAGGAGCGCCGGGACUAG